AUGUCUCCCGAAUCGCUCCCCACCAUCCCAAGGGCCAAGCUUGAAGAAGUUACUACUCCGACGUCUCCUGUGUCUAGGUUCAGAAGCUACUUUAAGCACGACGUACCGUCACGGGCAAAGCCUGAACAAGUCGCCACUUCGCCUUCCCCUACGUCUGCUGGUUUCAUGGCGGGCGCUCUACCGGAAAACGAAAGCCGCUCCGACUACAUCGCAGUGGAUAGUAUGCUCGGUGCCAGUACGCACGUGGCCGUUCAACAGCAUCCUGUUCCUGCGACAGCUUCUGCGGCUGUCCUUGCUGCGUUUUAUCCACUGAUGCAGACAACGAUGAUUCCUACGCCAGACCCAAAUCCAACUCCAGCUGCUGCAUUCUCUGCCGCCUUCUCGACAAGAGCUGUCACACCUCCACCAGGAACGCCGCAGCGUGUUGUCAUCCUAGGUCCUCUCCGCAUGAUUCGCAGCCAGUGCGUGGCAAAUAUCGACACCUUGGAUGCGGUCCUUGUCUGGCUCGACCAGUACAUGGGCACAGAGCUACAAACACCUGCUUGUACCGAUACCAUGGUCUCCAACGUUGUCUAUGCCGUGAACAUCCCGAUGAGCGACGAGAACUGGCGCGACUGGAACGUAAUUCUCGACCUGUUCCCUCACGCGUCUGCUUGGCAAAAGGCGCUCACAUCGAAUGAGCCAUUCGACCAAGUCACGACGGAUCAUCACACUGCUAGGCUUUUCGUCGAGGAUGAGCCGCUCGAGGCGCUGCUGAGAGAUAUGGUCGGACAGUACAACCUCGGUGCGCAGCAUGAGCUUGGUAGACUAUGA